AUGGUUGCAGAAGCGGUGAGGGAUUGGCUUCGCGAGUUCGGACGGAUGGAGCGGAUCCCGGAGCCGGAGGAUAAGGACAUUGGCAUUGAAGAUGACUUCGACGUGGACUCCGAAGACCUCGACGGCGAGCUGAUUGAUGCAUUACUAGAAGUUCUCAAAGGUGAUGCUGCUCGAUGUAAAGAGCUGAAGCGCAUUCGUCGCAUGGGCGCUGUAGAGCAGAAGGUUGCUUUGAGAGCACAGCUCAAGAUGCUCAGCCCGGAGGAGCGUGAAGCGCUGGUGGGAUCCGACUCUGAAAGCCUGGAACCCGAGGGCUGGAGAAAGAAAGAGUGA